GUUGCGCGCACAGCGCUGGGAGAGAGAACUUGAUACAGAGUAACAGUAAAUCACACGGACCUAAAGUAUACCAGUGUUGAAAUUUGUAAUACUGUUGCAAGUAUUUUUGGCUAGUGAAAGGAGCAAGUGAGAUCACUGCGAUCUCCGAUUUGGAUAGAGUUCAUUUGUUGGGCAAGGACAACAUCGGAUCUUUUUCAGGCACAGUUCAAAUAUAUUUGAUUAUAUAGCACCAUGGAAAUGUCCGAAAACAAGCCGAAUGAUGAUCCGAAGUUAUCUACGACUGACAGGAUGGUAAAAUCUGUCCCGUUCCCGCCAAGUCACCGGCUCACAGCCAAGGAGGUGUUUGACAGCGAUGGGAAGCCCAAAGUGGACGUGCUCAAAGGCCACCUGACCAAGGAGGGCCGCGUGGAGGAGAGUGUGGCCCUCAGGCUCAUCGGAGAGGGAGCAGCCAUUUUGAGGGCUGAGAAGAACCUGCUGGACAUAGAGGCCCCCGUGACAGUUUGCGGAGACAUCCAUGGCCAGUUCUUUGACCUGAUGAAGCUGUUUGAAGUAGGAGGGUCACCAGCUAGCACACGCUAUCUUUUCUUGGGCGACUACGUCGACAGAGGAUAUUUCAGUAUCGAAUGUGUGCUGUACUUGUGGGCCUUAAAGAUCCUAUAUCCCAAAACACUAUUUUUGCUUCGUGGGAACCACGAAUGUAGACAUUUAACAGAAUAUUUCACAUUUAAGCAGGAAUGUAGAAUUAAGUAUUCGGAGCGGGUGUACGAUGCGUGUAUGGACGCCUUCGACUGCCUUCCCCUGGCCGCCCUUAUGAACCAGCAGUUCCUGUGUGUACACGGAGGACUGUCCCCAGAAAUCACAAACCUUGACGACAUCAGGAAACUAGACAGAUUCAAAGAGCCCCCUGCGUACGGGCCCAUGUGUGACCUGCUGUGGUCGGACCCCCUGGAAGACUUUGGGAAUGAGAAGAGCCAAGAGCACUUCACACACAACACAGUGAGAGGCUGCUCCUACUUCUACAGCUACCCCGCUGUCUGCGACUUUCUACAACACAAUAACUUAUUAUCGGUCAUUCGAGCCCAUGAAGCACAGGACGCUGGGUACCGCAUGUACAGGAAGAGCCAGACGACAGGGUUUCCUUCUCUCAUCACCAUCUUCUCAGCACCCAACUACCUAGACGUCUACAACAACAAAGCUGCAGUGCUGAAGUAUGAGAACAAUGUGAUGAACAUCAGGCAGUUCAACUGCUCCCCUCACCCCUACUGGCUGCCCAACUUCAUGGACGUCUUCACCUGGUCCCUGCCCUUUGUUGGGGAGAAAGUCACUGAGAUGCUGGUCAACGUGUUAAGCAUCUGCUCCAAUGAUGAGCUGACGACUGACGAAGAGAUCGAUGGACAUCUAAUAUAUGCCCCCAAGAAAGGUGCAACAGCCUCUGCACGCAAGGAGGUCAUCCGCAACAAGAUCCGUGCCAUUGGCAAGAUGGCCAGGGUUUUCUCUGUCCUCAGGGAGGAGAGUGAGAGUGUGUUGACACUAAAGGGGCUGACCCCCACCGGCAUGCUGCCCAGUGGAGUGCUGUCCGGAGGCAAGGAGAAGCUCCAGAAUGAAACCACAGCUACUAUUGAGGCUAUUGAGGCAGACGAAGCCAUCAAGGGCUUCUCGCCCCAGCACAAAAUCACCAGCUUUGCGGAGGCCAAGGGCCUGGACCGCAUCAACGAGCGGAUGCCCCCAAGGCGGGACGGCCUCCCCUCCGACGCCAGUCUCAACUCCCUCAACAAGGCUCUGUCCUCAGAGACCAAUGGCACGGGCGCCAAGGACAGCUGCAGCAGCAGCAACAUCCAAUGAAGGGGCACUCUCCACCGUGGCUGGUGGUGGGUGGUAGUGGCAGCCUGUGGCGACCAGGGUGGGGCGUUAUACCACCCUCCUCCUCCUUGUCGAACUACGGAAAGUUAUUGCUAGUUCACUUUUUCAGGCCCUUGGCCUCCUCGAAGCUGGUGAUGACGUGCUUGAGUCUGUGUGUGUGAGAGAGAGUGUGAGAGAGUGUGAGAGUGUGUGUGUGAGAGAGAGAGAGAGAGAGAGAG